CAAAUGGAUUAUUUUUAUACCAACAGUCACUUUAUCCCUUUUUCUCUCUUUCUCUCCUUCUCUCUUUUUUUUCUUCCUCCACGUGUAUCCUAUGAGUCAAGAACCUAUUCGUCAAUAUGGCGUUACGCCUCCCAUUUCAACUGCUUUACCUACUGAAAGAGAACUUGAAUUAACAGAGGAUUUGUUACAAACACUAAAAGACUUUGGUUUAUUUGAAAGUGAACAAGAAGCACAAAAAAGAGUGGUUGUACUUGGAAAACUAGACAAGAUGGUGAAAGAGUUUGUCUACAAAGUCAGUAAAUUGAAGAGUUUUCCUGAUUCCUUAGCCAAAGAAGCGGGUGGCAAGAUCUUUACGUAUGGUAGUUAUCGUCUUGGUGUUCAUGGUGCAGGUGCUGAUAUUGAUACAUUGUGUGUAUUUCCAAAGCAUGUAGAAAGAGAGCAUUUUUUUACCAUCAUGUAUGACAUGUUGAAAGCAAGACCUGAAGUGACUGAAAUUGCUGCUGUAUCCGAUGCGUAUGUACCGGUGAUUAAAAUGCAUUUCUCUGGUAUACCUAUUGAUUUUAUUUGUGCCAGAUUGGCUAUUGCAAGAGUACCCGAUGAUUUAGAAUUAGCAGACAACAAUAUCCUCAAGAGCUUAGACGAACGAUGUGUCCGAAGUUUAAACGGUUCUCGAGUGACAGACGAUAUUUUACGCCUUGUGCCUAAUGUAGGCACAUUUCGUAUUGCUCUUCGUACCAUUAAAUUAUGGGCUAAAAACAGAGGCAUCUAUUCCAAUGUGAUGGGAUUUUUAGGUGGUGUUGCCUGGGCCAUGUUGAUUGCCCGUAUCUGUCAGCUGUAUCCGAAUGCUUGUGCAGCCUCGAUUGUGAACCGAUUCUUUGCCAUCAUGUCACGCUGGAAAUGGCCUCAGCCUGUCUUGUUGCGUCCUCUGGAAGAUGGUCCACUUCAAGUCCGAGUCUGGAACCCUAAACUCUAUCCUGCCGAUCGAAGCCAUCGUAUGCCUAUCAUUACGCCUGCUUAUCCCUCCAUGUGUGCCACCCACAACGUGACAGACUCAACACGACACAUCAUGAUGAACGAAUUCAAACUGGGCUUGGAUGUGGUUGAGAAGAUUGUCAAGGGUGAAUCUGUCUGGAAGGACUUGUUUAUCAAAAGCAACUUCUUUCAGUCUUACAAGUAUUAUUUACAGGUCACAUCGUGUUCUGAAUCAGCAGAAUCUCAAUUGAUGUGGUCUGGUUUAGUCGAGGCUAAAUUGAGACAGUUGGUGUUGAAACUAGAAAUGGUCGAGAUGAUUGCAUUGGCUCAUCCUUAUGUGAAAGGAAUUGAUAAAAUACAUUAUUGUCUGACACCACAAGAAGCAGAGAAUGUGACAAAGGGAGUGCUUUUGCCAGGAAGAUCAUUUACAGUAGAAGAAGGAAGUUUAGAAACAGACCAUACAGAACUUUUAAAGCAGAAUGGUUUGGUGACUGAAGAGAACCAGAAAGAUUUGAAGCGUCUGUUUACGACUACUUUUUAUAUUGGUUUUGAGACUGACACUCAAGCUGCAGGCGAAAAGAAAAAAUUAGACAUCUCUUGGCAAGUAAGAGAAUUUACACAUUUAGUCACUGCAUGGGAUAAAUAUGAACCAGAACAUAUGAAGAUCAGUAUAACACAUAUUAAAGGGUGCUGCAUUCAUUUUAUAAUACACUUUAACAAGAAACAUACCACGAAGACUAAUACACUAUUCUCUCUUUUCUUUUUCUUUAAUGUAGAUCAAAACUGCCUCCUGAACUUGUAGGACAAAAGGGUGUUAAAAGACCACUUGAGAAGGUAAAAAGAAAUACACAUACAUUUAUAUAUAUAUAUAUAUUACUCAACUAUCCAAGUUAAAGACGACAGAAUCCAACAAAAGGGUUCGAACAGAGAAUGAAGAUCAGUCUGUGUUGACUACUUCUGCUACUGCUGCUAUUAUUCAACAACAAGAAGUCUUGGCUCCUCCUGAAACAACUUCAGCUAAUACUACCCAUGUGCCUACUAUUGCUGCCACAACAGAGUAAAGUAAUACUAACCCUAUCUUUUUUUUUUUUUCUUUUUUUUUUAAAGUAGC